AUGGGUCCUACCACCAAGGCCUGGGAGUCUUUGCGGCCUUUGCUGCCGUCUCGCGAAUCUGAUUGUGAUUAUUGGUGGAAUUAUACCGGAUUGCACCUUGCACAUCUCCUCGAAGCGGCUCAAUACCCCGUGGAGAAGCAAUAUGAGGCUCUACUCUUUCAUCAUCAUCGAGUUGUUCCGUACUUUGGACCAGCACCCGCCAGUGAUGGCACAUUUCAUUGGCCGACGGUCAACACGAUUCAGGGCCCUCCAGUCGAAUACUCUUGGAAGUGGAACACGGCCACUGGAGCUCCUGAAGUCCGCUACACAUUCGAGGCUGUAGACAGGUUCAGCGGCUCGCCGAAGGACCCCCUGAAUCAAGGUCCAUCGCGAGACUUGCUGUAUCAUAUUGCAAGCGCGUUUCCCAGCGUUGACCUUGCCUGGACAAACCACUUCCUUGCCACGCUCUUCGACCACGAUCAACACCGCUAUGCGCAGGAGCAAGAUAAUAAUCAAAUCACGACGACCGUCAUGGUUGCCGCUGAGUUCGUCGAGCCCGGGGUAAACAUCAAAGUAUACCUCAAAUCCCGUCGUCUCGGCACGCGAGAGAUUCCCCUUGAAGUGUACAAAGAUGCCAUCUCCCAGGUCUGUCCUGCUAGUGCAUCCGCGACUGUGUUAUAUGAGUUCCUGAAUAGUGACCCUGAGGGCCAACUCCUUACGCCUGCAAUUCUUGGUAUCGACUGCAUCUCUGCGCCCAAUUCGCGGAUCAAGCUCUACUUUCGUACUCCCCACGUACGCUUCUCUACGAUUCACACCAUCAUGACGCUUAACCACCGCAAAGAUGUCUCAGCAGUGCAAAUCGAGUCUUUGCGUACGCUCCUAGCAGCCGUCACGGGUCUGCCGCUGGAUUUCCCAGAUGAUGAAGACUGGCCCAUCAAUGCCCGCUUUGAAGAUCUUGUGUACAAGAGUUCGGCUAAAGUGCCACUGGUGUAUCCCGCGUGCGGUUUCUACUUUGACAUAGCGCCCGGAAGGGAUCUUCCUAAUGUCAAGGUUCAAUUGCCGCUCUAUGUCUACGGUCGAGAGGAGCAGCAGCUGGCGGACGGCGUCGCUCAGUGGAUGAAAGACAACGGGAGAGGGAAGUUUGCGGACCUUUUUCUGGAAGCCUUACCGCGACUAGGAGAUAGAGGCACUGCCCAUGGCCCAGACAGAGCGAAGGGACGAAGCGUGAAAGGUGCAAAUGGCGUGCAUGCGAAUGGAACCAAUGGAACCAACGGGAUGCACACGGGCAUGCCGCGAGGUUUGCAGUCAUACUUGAGUAUCAUGUUUACGGCCGAUGGUCAGCUCGAGGUUACAACGUAUCUCACGCCAGUAUUGAGUGAAACUCCGUGGCUUGCUUGA